ACCUCAUCCCUCAAAAAUCCCAUAUAUUUACUACAUUCCCUCUCUCUCAAAACACACACACACACACACAGAUGAAGGGAACUUCCAAGAUAAAAAUGGCAGCAGUAUUAAUAAUAGUGGUGAGUCUUGCAAUGGUUCUAGGUCUAGUCUUAGUUCUACUUGCUGAGUUCUUCUGCUCUCUCUUACUUCUUCGCCGACAACGGUCAAAAACGACUAUAAAUUCCACGUCAGCCUCCAUCGCACAACCACCACCACCACGUCACCAAGAUCAAUCAAUUGCUCCAAUUCUUAGUAGCUUCUAUGCACAAGGGGUUCUUCACGCUCCUAGAAAUUUCCUCUUCCCUAAAGACAGCUUAUCCAGUGUAAUCCCACAAGUGCAGUCUGGGGCGUACACAGACCUUAACCCUAAAAAAAAUUUUGAUUUUGAAAUGCAAAAUCGAAAUUCUUCUCCACCUUAUCCUUCCUUUGUUCAAAUUCAAUCCCCUAAAUUAGUACAUGAAGUGCCACUACAAUGUAGCACUAGUACAUGUACAACUAUGGAGCAAUUUGUUUACAUAUCAAAUCCAAUUUAUGAUAAUGAAAAACUCAGGCCUAGUAUGGUUGAUACGCCUUUUGAAACACCCAAUUCAUCGCCCUCUUAUCUCGAAACAAUUGAUAAUUCUUCAGAGAAAGACGACGAAAAUUAUGGAAUAUCAUCUUCUUCAUCAACUAGUCCAUCUUCUUCAGUUCAAUUAACUCCAAUGAAGAAACUUCCAGCUGAGGCAUGUUCAGUUUCACUUAGAGAUGUUAGAUCAAUUGUAAUUUCAGGAAGUGAUUCCAAUAGUAACAACUCUUCUUCUUCGUCUGGAUCUCCUUGUACUUCUCCUUCUUGGUAAAAUUUGCAAAAAUUAUGUACUUAAAAUUUUCUUGUUAGGGUUUGUUUUAGUGUUCUUUGUUUUAUUUAGAGCUGCAUUAAUGUAGGUUAAAUUAGUUCAGUUUGCUUAGUCCUUGUUGUUAAUGUAAUAGGGAUGCUAAAAAGGUAGUAUAGAUAAAGAGUAAUAUUAGAUUAUUAGAGACUUAGAAAGUUUGAAGGCGUGACAAUGUGUGCACUUAGACCUAGGCCACGCCGAAUUGCUUCGCUAUGUACUCUUCUUUUCAACUUGCCUUCUUGUUUACUGUUAAAGAGGCAUUCUUUGAUCUGCUAAAGGAAAGCAAAUAUCAUGUAUUUACUUU